AUGACACAGAAGAGCCGUAGAGAGCUUAUUGAGUGGAUAAGAUCGUUAGGGAUUGGGAUUUCCGCAAUAGAGGAGCUUGGAAAGGGGGUGGCAAUCUGCAAGAUUCUGUCUAUUAUCCACAAAGACUUCCCUCAGAACUUCGUCAAGAACCCUGCUGGAGAACACGACUAUCUGAGGAACAUGAAGAUAUGCCAGGAAUUCUUUGGAUCGAGAAACAUAAAGCUUUACUUCCCUGUGGACAGGCUGGUCAAGUGCAAAAUGCAAGACAAUCUGGAGGUUGCACAGUGGCUGGCAAGGUACUACUCUAAAAACGCUAGCGAGAGGCCAUGCGGAGAGAGCCUCAAGCGCGAAGGCCCGAGAGCCUCGAUCUUACCUGGCACUUCCCUUCAAUGUCCUGAAUGCAAGAAUACUAGGGAGAUUAUGGAUGCAAAAGACAAUAGAAUUAAGGAGCUCGAAGGUAUGGUUGCAAGUAUGGAGGAUAGAAUCAUGCAGAUGGAGGCAGAUAAAAGCAGGGCAGUAGACAAGGUGCCGGCGGUUAAGAGCAGUGCCGGGGGAUUUGAUGACGAUGAAGUCAAAUCCUUGCUUAUGGCCUUUGAAAAGGAAAGAGAUUUUUACUUUAGGAAGUUGUUCACCAUCGAGAAGUACUUUCUGGAGAGAGAGGGGCUUGAUGAGGGCCUUAGAAGCGAUGUGUUUGGGAUUCUCUAUGAAGAAAAUGGCGAAUGA